AUGGCCACUAGACCAAGUGAUGUGUUUCUGCUCCGCUUGUAUCUGAUGAUGCAACGCCCCUGGAUUCCGUACGCAGCAGUGUUCAUCAGCAUAUGUGUCGACACUUUCGAGGGAAGCAAGAACCUGAUCUGUGUGACUCAAUCGGCUGUGAUCCUGAUAGCAAAACUGCGGUUUGCCGAUGCUGCGAUGGAACCGGGACGAUUGCUGGAAUACCUUACGCACUCGCAAAGUCGCCUCCACACGGCCAUUCCCAAGCAGCGGGCCCUCUACCAUGAACACUCGUGCCAACCCCACGUCAAGCGCAGUAUCCGCCAGGACAGAGCGAGAGCGACGGUGGAGACCACUGCUGCUUGGGCUACUGCUGCUCUGCAACCUCUUGACUUGAUGAUCUCCAGCACCUACUCGGGCAAGCCUACUUCACAACCAACGGCAGCGGCCAACGGGUCGCAAGUUGCUGCUGACAUUCCAUCGAACUCGUCGCACGAGGGUGCAGCCCCGAUGGAGAGCGCAAGCCCGAGCAGGAUACAGACUGCACCAGCAAAAUCCCUCACGGCGCAUCAGGUCGAAGACAAAGAGACCCACGAAGUGUUCCGUGUCAUGAAGCGCUCGUGUGCUUCGCCAAUUUCAGAGCGGAAGCGCAGCAAGUCAUCGACAAAAUCUCUGUGCCUGGGUAUCCGCUACAGUAGCGACAAUACUCAAGGUAUCGUCAUGGUGGUGUACCCAGAGCUCAUCGCGAGCGCGUACACCACAAUUCGCACGCUUCGAGACAUUUUCAACUGCCGCCUUCCAAUUGAGAUCUGGUUUCACCCCGACGAGAUUCGUCGCGUGCCUGGAGCACUCGAGCCAUUGAAGGAAUUGGCUGCAAACGACAGCUCAAGAUUAAACACCUUCAAAGAGAUCAGAGAUCCUCGCGCUGUUCCAUAUGGAGCCAAGAUUCACGCGAUAUACCACAGCGGAUUCGAGCAACUGCUAUUUCUAGACGCCGACACUGUUCCAGUCAAAGACCCAGCCUACCUCUUCAACACACCGGAUUUCACCAGCACUGGAGCGGUCUUUUGGCCGGAUUACUGGCAUCCGCAGCACUCAAUCUUCUUCCUCAACGAGCACUCCCUGGUGUGGGAGCUGCUCGAUCUCCCAUUUGUCGACAUGUUUGAGCAAGAAAGCGGCCAACUGCUGAUCGACCGACGGCGGCAUGCAGGGCCCAUCGAACUGUUGGAUCUCUUUCGCUUCGUGUGGCUGAAGCUGGGUUCCCCCUUUCACAUGAUCCAGUUCCCUCCUUCAGUAGCUGGAAAGCUCUACGGCGAGUCGUUUUGCGGGAUGACGAUGGUGCAACACGACCCCAAGGGGGAAGUUGUUUUUCUGCAUCGGAACCAGCUCAAGCUGACAGGAAACUCUACCGUCGAAAAACCUGCAGCAACUCCCCAAAACCACACAAACUACGUCGACGACUACCCUGACCCCGCGAUGUGGACGCACUUGCUAUCCUUCCGCAGCUCGUCGUCACGUUCCAGUUUCACUAUUCAGGCCCACUGGGAGCCGCAGUUCUCCGACAAGCGCCGUUGCUUUGGCCGCAGCAAUCUCAAAGGAGAUGCUAACUUUUACGCGCAAAAGUUUACCGAUCUGAGCUAUUCGAGUCUAGAGACAUACUUGCGUAAGUUUGCAAUGGAGGCGACACAGAUGCGUAGUCCGAAGCCCUAG